AUGGCCUGCACGUGGCACGCCCCUCUCGGGUCUCAGCCAAUAGAGACUCAGAGAAGGAGAACCAGUUGGCAGCCGCAUGAGAGACAAGAGAGUGAGAGACCCUUCUUCUUCGACCCUUUGAAGCCCUCUGCCCUCCGAGUCUUCGACCCUUCGAAGGGCCUCGGCCCUCCGAGUCUCUGGCCCUUCGUGUGUCUCUUCGAUCCUUCGAAUCAGCAGGAGCUUCGUGAGUUCUUCUUCAACGCUUCGAACCGGCAAGACCUUUAUUCAGAACAUGCAGGUGUUCUUCAUCUCCUCUAUCCGAGGGGGCUUCAGAACUUAGAAGUGUCCACCAUUUUGAAUUUUGUUAUCACUGAUUCACAAUAUGGAACUCGACAAGUUCCAUGGAUAGACAAGCAACCAACACAAUCAGUAGUGUACAUAAGCUUUGGGAGUAGAACUGCCAUGUCAAAGGAGCAAAUAAAAGAACUAGGAGAUGGGUUGGAGAGAAGCAAUUGCAGAUUCUUGUGGGUUCUUAAGACCAUUAAAGUUGAUAAAGAUGACAAGGAAGAAAUAAUAAAGUUGCUAGGAAGCUCGUUUUUUGAGAGAACCAAGAACAAAGGGGUUGUGCUUCAGGGGUGGGUGAACCAAGAGGAAUAA